ACGACGCUGAAGAGCGAAUUCGGAUCUGUUCCGAGAUCAUCGGAGAGCCUUUUUGAUUUAUCAAACCCAUUUACCGAGGUUUUGACAAAAAUGAAUGAGAAAGAACUGCUCCAUGGGCUGAACGACCGUUUCGCCCGAUUCAUAGAGAAGGUGCGUCAUUUGGAGCAUGAAAAUGAAUUGUUUGAGAGGGAAAUCGAGGAAAUCAAACUAAAGGCACAGUCCCCUGCGUCUCUGGCCCAGGAGCACGAGCCGGAGCUUAUGGACCUGAGGAACCUAGUUCAUGACAUCACCCUUCAGAAGCGUCAGAUCGAGAUAGAGCAUCAGAACCUGGAGGAAGAUUUCCUCACCUUGAGAGACAAGUAUGAGCAGGAGGCACGUGACCGCUCGAACGCAGAGAACGGCAUCCUUGUGCUGAAAAAGGACGCCAACGAUGCAUACCUCGCCAAACUUCAGUUGGACAAGAAAGCGCAAUCUCUGGUGGACGAGAUCCACUUCCUGAAGAAGAACCAUGAGGACGAGGUAUCAGAAAUGGUGGCCCAGUUCCAAGAGGCUCAAGUAACGGUCAAGGCGUACAAGUUUGGCAAACCUGACAUCACAGAGGCUCUCCGGGACAUCCGUGUGCAGUUAGAAGGUCACGCCACCUCCGACUUUCAGCAAGCCGAGGAGGGCUUCCGUGUCCAGUUCGCAAAGUUAACCAAAGCGGCAGAAAGUAACAGAGAGGCGUUGAAGGCAACCCAGCAGGAGAUCCAGGAGAAUAGAAGGCACCUGCAGGGGAAGACAAUUGAACUGGACUGUGGUAAAGGAAUGAGAGAGGCCCUGGAAAAACAACUAUACGAGCUGGAGAAGCGUCACUAUGCGGAAAUGAUUCAUUACCAGGACACUAUCAGGCAGCUGGAGAAUGAGCUGACCAAUGCUAAACUAGACAUGUCUGGCUACCUGAGAGAGAACCAGGACCUGCUGAAUGUCAAAAUGGCUUUGGAUGUGGAGAUUCUCUCUUACAGGAAACUCCUGGAGGGUGAGGAGUCCCAUCUGUACACCAUCUCUGACACCCACAUCUCCAUGCCCUGCAUCUACCGCCAGUCCCCCGUCUACACCCUGCCUUGCCUGGCCCGGCAGGGAGGGCCCACACGCAGGUCUGAACCCCAGUACAAGUUUGUUGAGGAGAUCAUCUCUGAGACCACCAGAGACAUGGAGAUGUCCGAGAUUGAGGAGACAGGCUCCGAGGAGACGGUCGGGGGAGAGGGAGACAAGUUGAGACAGAAGCAGGGAGAAGAGAGUGACAAAGCUGAGAGGAGAAGUGGGGAACAGGUGGAUGAGCAGAAAGAGAAAGCUAGAGGUAAAGUGGAUGUUGAAGUGGACGCCCCGGAGGAAGAGGGUGAACAGGAGGAAGAGUCUAAGAGACAGCAGAUGGUCACAUCAGCAGAGGUCGAGGUAAAUGGAGAUGGAGUUAGCCCUAGUGAGGGAGAAAAUGGAGAGGAGGGAGAUGAUGAAAGAGAGGAGGAAAAGGGGGGUGAGCCAGAUGCAAUCAAAAAGACAGAGGACAUUGACAGAGGUGAAAAUACACAAAGUGAAGUCAAAUCAGCUGAGGCCACCAGUGAGGGAGAGAAGGAAAAACUGGACACAACAGAGAAGCUAGACAGCGAGAUAAACGAGACAUUAGAAAAAGAUGACACCCCAAAACAAGGCAAAUCCCAACUAGAGGUUCCCAUGAAUGGUGACAUCUCAACAGAACCCAAAACGUCAGAGUCAGAGGAUAGCAAAACAGGAAGUUCAAUAAAGGGUGAACCACAGGUCCCCACAGAGAACAUCUCCAAAGAACCCAAAAAGGUGUCAGAGGAGAGAAAAAUAGAAAGGCCUUUACAAGAGAAAAAAGAGGUAGAUCUGAAAGAGGAGAGUGCCCCAACAGAGCAACAACAAGAUAGCCCAAAAGAAAGUCCCAUCAAAGAGGGAAAAAAGGUAGAUCUGACAGACCAGAGUGCCCCAACACUGGAGCAGAAACCUGAUCAGGAGCACAGAGAGUCAGACCAACCUCAAGAGGCAGAGAGUGCUGUGACAACACAAGAAGAGGAUCUCCCUGAGCCCACAGAGAAGGACAUGGAAUCCUCUGAUAACACUGCAGAGCUCAACACCAGUUCAACCAAGGAGACAGUGGAGCAGGUGAAGUCACCUGAUGAUUCUGGUGUAAAAACGACACAAGAUGAGAGAACAGUAGGAGGUAAAAUGCCAGACAGAAUUCUCAGCACAACAAGUGAGUGUAAGGAAGAGCCUUUGCAAAAGACUCCUAAAAAGGAGGUGGGUCCGACAGAGCAAAAAGUGAGCAGCAAGGAUGAUAGUGUAAAAAGUUUUGUGCAGAAGGAACAUAAUGGCAGAGAAAAGGUCACAAAAGAUGUCUCAAUGAGUGAGGACAAGGGGAAAGAAUCGGAGACAUCCCCUAAACCCAACCCCACUGUGACUCCUAAAGAAGAAACAAGCCUGUAUUCAGAGCCAACUGUCACCCCUAAAGAAGAAACUUCCAUUAAACCAGAACCAGCAGUCACUGCAAAAGAAGAAACGUCCCCAAAACCAGAACUAGCAGUCACCACUAAAGAAGAAACUUCCCCAAAAACAGAACCAGCAGUCACCACUAAAGAAGAAACGUCCCCAAAACCAGAACUAGCAUUCACCACUAAAGAGGUGACAUCCCCUAAACCGGAACCCACUGUCACCCCUAAAGACGAAACAUCCCCAAAACCGGACCAAACUGUCACCCCUAAAGAGGAGUCAUCCCCACAACAGGAGCCAACCGUAACCCCUAAAGAAGAAACAUCCCCUAAACCGGACGCCACUGUCGCCCCUAAAGAAGAAACAGCCCCGCAACCAGAGCCAACUGUCACCCUUAAAGAGGAGACAUCCCCACAACAGGAGCCAACUGUCACCCUUAAAGAGGAGACAUCUCCUAAACCGUACCCUACUGUCACCCCUAAAGAGGAGACAUCCCCACAACAGGAGCCAGUUGUCACACCUAAAGUAGAAAAUUCCCGCAAACCAGAACCAGCAGUCACCCCUAAAGAAGAAACUUCCCCAAAACCAGAACCAGCAUUCACCCUUAAAUUAGAAACUUCCCCACCACCAGAACUAGCUGUCACCGCUAAAGAAGAAACUGCCCCAAAACUAGAACUAGCAGUCACCACUAUAGAGGAAACUUCCCCAAAACCAGAACCAGCAGUCGCCCCUAAAGUACAAACUUCCCCAAAACCAGACCCAACCAUCACCCCCAAACAGGAAAUAUCCCCUAAUUCAGACCCAACCCUCACCCCAGAAUCAAUGACCACCCCUAAACCAGACUCAACCCUCACCCCAGAAUCAUCGACCAGCCCUACAGAAGAGAGUGAAACGAUGGGCAGUGGUGACAAAGCUAAGACAAUCACACCACCAGAGGAACAGAUGCCUGCAGUUGUAGAGAGCAAGGACUCACACAGGGGGGUGCCAGAAAGCAACACAACUCAGGAGAAACCAGAGGAAAGUAUGGACAAAGAGCCUGAGAAGGUUACAGAACCCAAAGACAGAGAGCGUGAAGACCAAGGCCUCUGA